AUGAAAUUCUUAUUUUUUCUUCUUUUUUAUAAGAGACUUUACGCCGAAAUUUUGCCCAAAUCCCAAGAACAGAUCAUAUUGCAAAAUCUUAUCCAUCAAGAUUAUAACAAGCUUAUAAGCCCAAUUUUUCCGAGGUACGGGGUGUUGACGAAGGAUGGAAGUAAGGAUCUUGAUCGGAUCCGAAGAGUAUGUGAAAAAACGAGAACAAUGUUACGACGGUAUGGUUACUUUUUCACUUUUGAUGAAGGUCUGAUGGCGAACAUUGCAUUCAAUUGCCGUGCUGAAAUUGGAGAUCUUGAUUUUAUUGACGCUUGCAUUGACUGGGUUGGAGCGAUUUGGUAUAAGAAUAGAGACGCCGCGUAUUCUGGGCAUUGCGAUAAACAAGGCUCACCCCUUCAGAAAAUUAUUUUCGAAAAGCAAAAUUUAUCCACCCCUCUUUUAGACGAUACCGAUAUUUUCAAUGUCGAGCAUAUUGUUGAUAUUCAGACAAUUUAUUCAGCAGAACCGAAUCUGAUGUCGAUUCUUGGCGAUCUUUAUCCAUUUGACUAUGACUCACGUCUGCAAUGGGAUUUCAAGAAACAAAAUUUUUCCACCCAGAUAUCUAUUGAUCCUUCUCUUAUCUGGACACCGCCAAUUGAAAUCGUCAACUUGGACUUAUGGAGAAAUAAUGGCCAGAAAACAGAUUUCAGUUGUACAGUUGAUCAUAUCGGACGAGUCACGCAAGCGUAUAAAUGCGGGUUGUAA